AUGUCAUCAAUAGAAAUCGUUAAUUUUUCAAUUCAAUAUAGUAUUUAUAAUGCUUAUAUAAUUAUAUCUUUGGGAAUGAUUGGUAAUCUAAUAAAUCUUCUUGUUUUUACUCGAUUAAAACUUUUUCAUGAAAAUCGAUCAGUAUUUUUUCUUAAAAUAGAAUUUCUUUCAAAUUUAUUCUAUGAAUUUCUUUCAUUAAGUUUAACAAUUCUAACAUCAAUCUAUGGUGAUGAUGGAACAAGUCGUUCAAAUAUUUGGUGUAAAAUGAGAUGGAUGUUAGCACAAAUCUUUUUAUUAAUAGGAUGUUUUAUGAUUUGUUGUGCAUCAGCCGAUCAAUAUUUUUCUACACAUUAUUAUUUUUAUCGACGACAAUUUUGUACAAUAAAAUUCGCUCGAUAUUCUGCUGUUAUUAUUCUUUGUCUUUGUCUUAUUCAUAGUAUUACUUUUGCUUUAUUUUUUUCAAUAAAACCAUUAGUUGGAUGUGUUAUAUUUGAUCCAAAUGCAGUUCAAUAUGCAUCAUUCUUUUUCUAUCCUGUUUUAACUGGAUUUUUACCUAUGAUAAUUUCAGGAUUAUUUAGUUUAUUUGCUUAUCAAAAUGUUCGUCGAAUAAUUCGACGACAAAUUCCAAUAGUUCGUCGUCAUUUAGAUCAACAAAUGAGUGCAAUGGUUUUUCUUCAUGUUAUUUUCUUUAUAAUUUUAAUAUUUCCAUAUAGUUUUUAUCGAAUUUAUAGUAUUAAUAAUCCAAUCCCGCGAAGUCAAUCAUUAGAAUAUGCAAUUAGACAAUUACUUCAAACAUUUUUUCAAUCAUUUGUUCGAAUAAAUACAGGAAUUAAUUUUUAUCUUUUUUAUUUUACAUCAUCACGUUUUCGACGUCAAGUUAAAAUUGUUUUAAUUAAAAAAUAUUGGAAUCAAAUAAAACAUCUUUGUUCUUUUAAUAAUAAUAAUCAAAUAGCACCGGAAAUUUCUGAACCUAUUGAUACAAAUAAUGAACUUGAUUUGGAUCAUAAAUAA